AUGUUGUACGAAUUGAUUGCCAUUGUCCGCCCCGGCAGCCUCAACGAGGUUCGCGAGAUUGCCCGUAAUGCCGGCUUGCAAGUCAUUCGUUCUGGCGGUGUUGUGCGUGGCUUUACCAACUGGGGCGCCUUCCGCCUGCCCAAGGUCACGACCAAGCAUCAAGCCCGAUACAGCGAGGGCCACCACUUUAUCAUGCGUUUUGAUGCUUCCGGCCCUGUUCAAUCCUCCAUCCGCCGCACAUUAGGACUUGAUCCGCGUAUGAUCAACUUCUCCGUGGUCAAGCUCGGCGACAAGCUUGAAGAGAUCAAGGAUGUCGAGGGCAAAGUUGAAUGGAACAAGACUCGAAGCAUUGCCGAUUCCAUCUAG